AUGCAACGUGGCGACUUUAAGGUUAACACGUUACAGUACCACCGCUGCGGUGAGGAGAACAAAACCAACGAAAUUUUACUUACAAGGAUGCUGCAAUACUCAUUUGACCAUGAUGUGGAAAGCAUCUGGAUUAACUUAAAAACUUUGCAUGGUCGAAGUACAAGGGUAACCUUUUCUACUUUUAUUUUGGAGUCUAGUACCUUAAAAGUGUUACGUUUAGAUUUUUGCGCCUUAAAUAAUUUGAACCUUAGCAAAGAAGGAAAGUCUUCGUCCAUUGAAGAGUUACACCUCUUAAAUCUUGCUACUCGAUUUAUUGUACCUUUGCCUACUGAGGAGUACAAACACUGUUGUUACUGUGGAGUUGUUACUGAGGAUGCGUGGAUGGUACAAACAUUGUUUUAUCUGAUGAUGGUAUCACAUGGUACCAACAUUGUUGUUACUGAGGAUGCUUGA